UUCAUUUAGUUUUUUUGUUAAAAUUAUUAAAUAAAAUCUCAUCAAAAUGAUCCAGCAACAACGUCAAAGAAUCGAACAGGCCGUCACUGAGAUGAUCAACGACAUGGACCGGACACAUUUGCGUAAAAUGCAGACUGAUAUGCAUUUGUGUGCCGCCAAAUGUUGUCAGGAUACCAGUGCCAGUGUAGAUAAUGUACAAAAUUGCGUCGAAAGAUGUUCGGCACCAUUGACCAGGGCCCAAAACUAUGUCCAGCAUGAAUUGGGUGAAUUCCAGGGAAGACUACAAAGAUGUGUUAUGCAAUGUAACGAUGAUGUCAAAGUAAAAAUGCCACCAAAUCCAAGUGAGGAGGAAAUUAGCAAAUAUACCAAUCAAUUUGAACGUUGUGCUGUGUCGUGUGUGGAUAAACAUGUUGGCCUCAUACCCACAAUGAUGAAAACAAUGAAAUCGGUAUUGGCAAAGGGGCCCGAAGGAAUACCACAAGUUUAA